GCCGAUGCGAUUUCAACUCUUGAACAGCUACUGAACGAUCAUCAAAAUAUUUCUUUAUUUGAAUUCGACAUUGACAUUGUUAAUGAAAUAAACAGUAUAUUGGUAGAUGGUGUCGCCGAAACGAUGGAAAAGAAUGAUAUGUACAAGGAUAAAUCAAUACCCAUAUCAUCGCAACAGACUAUUCUUUGCGCCAAUAUAUUGCAAAUUCUUCAUGACGCUGGCGGUGAAUUACCUCUUGCCGAAUUGAAAGAAAAGAUUGUACAGGCUGCGCGAGAGAAAGGCUGGAAAGAUUCGAAUGGAAUUAACUCACUUUAUAUUCUUGUCGCUAAUUCUCUUGUGGCCUUCGAUCAUUCACAAAAAGGUUGCCCAGUCACCGCGGAUAUGUGGAAAGUUGUUGACGUUGAACCAAA